GUGAUCUAUCAGGAAAUCGUAACGAUUUCUAUGAUGGUUUGGAUUACAUGUAUGACCGAGGAAUUGAGGAUAAUUUUGAGGAUGAUUUUGUUCUUGCUCACCGACGUUUCAAAGAACGUUCUGCCGCCGCUUUUGCCGACGAUUUGGCUGAUAUGAGACGCAAAAGAAGGGACAUGCAGGAUCGUAUCUUCGAUGUAAUUGACUUGAACGCUGAAAUCGAGAAAGCUAAGACCACAUUGGAAGCAGCAGACAGUGCUUUUCAACGACACGCAACAAAAUUCAACAAUACAGAUGAUUAUGAUGACGAGUCGCUAAAAAAAGGACCUAAUAUGGAAAUAAUGCCAGAAAAACCAAAGCCCAAAACUGUGAAAUUUAUAAAGGUCCCAAAUCUAGAUAUAGAGUUGCACAUGCCGAAGCCAUCAAAGCAAAGACAAGAUAGAACUAACUCGUUAGUAGAAGCGGCUGCGAUUGAAGAUCCGUUAAAUACAGUUGCUUUACUACCAUUGAAGAGGAAAUUCUUAAAAAGGAAGAAAAGCGUCUCGUUUUAA